GCUAAAUUUCAGGGGGCUUUUCAGGAGUGAAACUUCACUGUCCUAGCUAGAUUUGUCUCGAGUUAGAGUUUUUUUAUUAAUUGGGCUACCCGAGUGUUCUUUUAGAAAUAUAGCUAGUGAUUUUUUUUUUAUCACACUGAAGUUGAUCUGAGUGUUUCUGAUUUAGGGAGUCAUGUCUGGUAUAGCCUUAAGUCGUCUUGCACAAGAAAGGAAAGCCUGGAGAAAAGACCAUCCUUUUGGGUUUGUUGCUGUGCCAACAAAAAACCCAGAUGGAACAAUGAACUUGAUGAAUUGGGAGUGUGCCAUCCCUGGAAAGAAGGGGACCCCAUGGGAGGGGGGCUUGUUCAAACUCCGAAUGCUCUUCAAGGAUGACUAUCCUUCUUCACCUCCCAAGUGCAAAUUUGAGCCCCCUUUGUUCCAUCCAAAUGUAUAUCCCUCUGGUACAGUCUGUCUAUCGAUUUUAGAGGAGGACAAAGACUGGAGGCCAGCCAUCACUAUCAAACAAAUAUUGUUAGGAAUCCAAGAGCUCCUAAAUGAACCAAAUAUCCAGGAUCCUGCACAAGCUGAGGCGUAUACAAUUUACUGCCAAAACAGAGUGGAAUAUGAAAAAAGGGUUCGAGCACAAGCCAAAAAGUUUUCUCCAUAAAGCUUCAAGACUACUCAAGAUAGAAGAAAUUUGUUUGCUGAGGAUUUUGUCUCUGCCCCCUUUUUGUCUGCCUCCAACUAUGUCCUUUGCUCACCUAUUUCCUGCUGGACUGUUUUAAAACUGAAUGUGUGCCAUUUCUGUCCAUCACCCACAUACUGAUGCACCCUUUUGCUUUUUUGAUUCGGAAGUCCUGGAUUUGAAGGUGCACUAUGCCGCCACCACAAAGGAUAUUCCGUACUCCAACUGUGGUAUUUCUUUUUUCAAGAGCUCACGCUUGUCAGAAAAGACUGUACGAAAUGGGAGUCACUUCUGUUGAUUUUUAUUCAUGUGUUCAAUGGUAGGCAAAAUAAUUUUAUGUUCUGAUAAAGAUCUAGAAAAACAGGCCUCAAUGAAUCUAUUCAAAGGUAGUUUAGUGUCUUUGCAUCAGACUCUUAAGUUGUUUUGGUCCAACUAUUUAGAUUUAAAUAUGUUUGUACAAAGCUAGUGUUAAUAAUACAUGUAGAUGGACUCAGUUCCAUCUUUUCCAAUGCAUUGUGUUGCCAGUUGAAGGUGGACUUUGGGUAACAAUAAUAGCUUUAGACUGUGUACAUGAUCAAAUCAAUAUUCAAGGUCAUUUUAAUGCUUAACAAAUUGUUGAAUAAGAUAUUUGGCUACAGAAGUGCCAUUUCUUAUCGAUCGCUUUUGUCCAAAAACCAAAUCCUGUGACAUGACAACACAUACUGGAGGAGUUACUGGCUAGUUAACUAACGAACUAGCUACAUACGGUAGCUGCAUGCAUGACUAGAACAACUAUAAGCACACCCUAUUUCUGUUUGAAAAUGGAGAAAGUGUAGGAGUUGGACUGUUUGUACCCAAAGUCUACCUUUUAAAGCUGUUAAAAGGUUUUGAGUGACCUUCAGGACUGUUCAAACGAGACUGUACCUAUGAGACAAUCUGGUAACCCUACAUAAGGGACCCUUUCAAGGGAGGAUGUAACGGGUUUAUAGAUUCUGGCGGCCCGUCAUUUAUUUGGUUUUCUGAGAUUAAUAUUUUGUUUGCACAUAAGACUAAAACGCCAACAAAUCAGCUCCAAAUGAUUUUAAUUUGAGAUCUGUUCCAAAGUAUUCCCACGCAUAAUAGAGAUGUGAUUUGUGAGCAGGUUUUGAAAUUGUCUUGUUAAAUAUGUGAUUCUUGCGGUCAAUUUGCAGUCUGCAAAUAUUUGUUAUGUUCUGGCCCCCUGACCAUCCGCUCAAGGAAAACUCGUCCCGCGCUGAGUCUAGUUGCACUAUCCCUUUAGAGCAGGGAUCGUCGACAUUUUGACAACUAAGACAUGUUAUCCAUGUUCUAUGUUCAUAUGACUGGGCAGGUAGAAAAAGGCAAAAUAGCCAAAAUAUAUCUCUUAUCCCUUUUAAUCAAUAUAACUAGGAAAUAGUAAUUGACUUCGGUAUGUGUGCAUGUCACACCUUUUCAAAGAGGGAAUCCUCUUCGCUCUACGCUAACCCCAUGGGCCCUUAUGAUUGCGUUUCACAUUCUUUCACAUUCUGGUUACAGCUAGCAAUUAACACAUCAUGCAAAUUUCAGGUUUUGUGAUGCAAAUGAUAUCAUUAGUGCAGUCACUGUCAUGCACUCCAGCUAUACAUCCUGUUUUGUGCCAGAUUUGCUCAGGAACACAUCAGUGUUGAUAUUACAUGACCAACAUGUUUAUCAGGCUGUGUGAUUUGAAAUGACUCAUUCCUGUCUGAUUGUCAUUGACAGACUGACGUGAGUUUUUUGGGGGGCCUUUAUUCCUUAGUUUCCUCUGAUCUUCCUCAAAUUGCUACUCUUACUGUGUACGUGAAUAAUAACCAAAAUGAGUGUCGCUGUGUUGAUGAACCAAUCCGAUACCAUAAGGUGUUCCUUGGGUUGAAGUGGCAUAAUUCUGUAAGUCAGAUUUCUAAUCAGCUCAGUUCAUCCACUAAGGCAUUCACUUUCAGAAAAUCUCCUUGGUGUCAUACUUAAUAAGCAUGAUACAAACAUUGAUUACACCUCAGUGACAAGGUGGUGUGUUGUGGAUGGCUAUUGAUUUAGUCAGUGUUAAGUCAGUGUUCGCUACUUGUGGUGCUGUUUUGACAACCCCACAUUAAAAAAACAUGGGACGUGGAUCAGCUCAAAUAGCACGACUAAAAAUUUCAGGGUGAGAACAAAAAACUGGGUGAAAUGAGUGUUGAUGACUAUCUGCAGGUUGGCUUUAUGGGGCAUCAUUAAACAUGGAUUGAAACUAA